GGGAGCCGGAGGCGCGAGGACUCUGGAGCGGCGCUCCUGCAUUCCCGACACCGCGGCUCCAAACCUUGAAAGGACCAAGAGAACUUUCUCUGAACUGCGAACAGCUUUGGUCAACGCGAUAGCCUCCCAUGCUUUGGCUUCCCGCCUCUUCAUUGUGGUUCUGAUCUCUCGCUGCUUUCCUUCUCGAACCUGCUAGGGUGCAAUCGGGAGCCCGUCAGCGCGCCAGACGGCUGUCUGGACCUGCGAGGGUGGGAGGCGGCCGCCAGCCCUGUCCCCUCGCAGCCCCCGCCCCGCCGCGCAGCGGUGCUCGCCCGGGGUAGCUGGCUGUGCCCGGCGCUCGGGCAGCGCGCGGCAUGCAGUCUCUCAACAUCACCCGAGAGCAGUUCUCCAGGCUGCUACGGGACCAUAACCUGACGCGCGAGCAGUUCAUUGCGCGCUACGGGCUGCGGCCGCUUGUCUACACCCCGGAGCUGCCGGGGCGCGCCAAGCUGGCCUUCGUGCUCACCAGCGUGCUCAUAUUUGCCCUAGCGCUCUUUGGCAACGCGCUGGUGGUCUAUGUGGUGACCCGCAGCAAGGCAAUGCGCACCGUCACGAACAUCUUCAUCUGCUCCUUGGCGCUCAGCGACCUGCUCAUCGCCUUCUUCUGCAUCCCGGUCACCAUGCUACAGAACAUCUCUGACACCUGGCUGGGGGGUGCCUUCAUUUGCAAGAUGCUGCCAUUUGUCCAGUCAACUGCUAUCGUGACAGAAAUUCUUACUAUGACCUGCAUUGCUGUGGAAAGGCACCAGGGACUUGUGCAUCCUUUUAAAAUGAAGUGGCAAUACACCAACAGAAGGGCUUUUACCAUGCUAGCAGGUGUGGUCUGGCUGCUGGCAGUCAUCGUAGGAUCACCCAUGUGGCAUGUACAACGCCUUGAGAUUAAGUAUGACUUCCUGUAUGAAAAGGAGCAUGUCUGCUGUCUGGAAGAGUGGGCCAGCCCUGCGCACCAGAAAAUCUAUACCACGUUCAUCCUUGUCAUCCUGUUCCUCCUGCCUCUUAUGCUGAUGCUUAUCCUGUACACUAAAAUCGGUUAUGAACUUUGGAUAAAGAAAAGAGUGGGGGACUGCUCAGUGUUUCGAACUAUUCACGGAAAAGAAAUGUCAAAAAUAGCCAGGAAGAAGAAGCGAGCUGUCAUUAUGAUGGUGACAGUGGUGGCUCUCUUUGCUCUAUGCUGGGCACCUUUCCACAUCGUGCACAUGAUGACUGAAUACAGCAAUUUUGAAAAGAAAUAUGAUGAUGUCACAAUCAAGAUGAUUUUUGCUAUCGUGCAAAUAAUUGGAUUUUCCAAUUCCAUCUGUAAUCCCAUUGUUUAUGCAUUUAUGAAUGAAAACUUCAAAAAAAAUUUUUUGUCUGCAGUUUGUUAUUGCAUAGUAAAAGAAACCUUAUCUCCAGCACGAAGGCAUGGAAAUUCAGGAAUUACAAUGAUGCAGAAGAAAGCAGUGUUUUCCCAGAGAGAGAACCCAGUGGAGGAGACAAAAGGAGAAGCAUUCAGUGAUGGCAACAUUGAAGUCAAAUUGUGUGAACAAUCAGAGGAGAAAAAAUACAUCAAAUAACAUCUUGCCCUGUUCAAUUCUGAACUUUCUGAAAAUUCUGCUUUAGGUGGUGGCCGCUAAUUAUAACAAUGUCUGCAUAAUUAGGACUGUUCGUAGCUUAAUUGGAAGAGAAAAUUAUUUUGAGCAAAGGUGGAAGACAUUUUUUUAUUCUCAGAAUGAGGAAAAGAAGGAAACAAAUCAUUUUCUUCAUAAAAAUAUA